AUGGCGGGCUGGUGCUCAAGUGAAGCCGCAACACGCGUUCGUGUGCGCGUGCGUUCCCGUGUUCGAGUCCGUUCGCCUUCUCAGAGCCAGAAGUACUCGAAAACACCAAGCUUCACCAAAGCAAAAGAAAAGUCGAAGCUUCCACGCGAAAGCAAUGAAUUCGGCUUCAGUAGUUACUUGCCCGAGUCCGAAAAUGGGAAUCGAGUGAUGGUUGUGGUUGAUUCGAGUCCAGAAGCCACAGGGGCUCUUGAGUGGGCGCUCUCUCACACUGUUCAAAGCCAGGACACAAUCAUUCUUUUGCAUGUUGCUAAAAAAGAUGAAAAGAGUGGCAACGAAAUCAACCAAAGAGGAUACGGUAUUUUACGCCCCGCAAAAAAUAUGUGCCAACUGAAAAGGCCUGAGGUGCAAGUCGAGCUGGUUGUCCGAGAAGGAAAGGAAAAGGGAGCAGUUAUAGUUGAAACAGCAAAAAGACUCAAGGCAUCACUACUCGUCCUGGGACACAGGAAGAGAUCGUUUUUUAGGCGGUUCCAGAUGAUUUGGGCUAGCAAAAAAAGAACCGACAAUAGGGUUGUGGACUACUGCAUCCAAAAUGCUAAUUGCAUGACAAUAGCCGUGCGAAGGAAAAACAAGAAACACGGAGGAUAUCUGAUCACCACAAAACGUCACAAGAACUUUUGGCUCCUGGCCUAG